GCUGGGAUUGAAAAGACUUCAUCACAGCAUGUUUCUCCAUGGAUGGAUGAUGGGCUAAGGGGAUUAGGAGAAUUUGAUCCGGAUGCUGCUUUUCUCACUGACCGAACAUAAACCACUGUCUUAAUGCAGAGCCUUAGAAAGUCUGGAUUCCUGCCUGUUCUACUGAAAAACCAACAUCAGUCAUGGAUUUAGCAGAUCUUUGUCUCACUUUGAAUACUCGAUGAGAGGCUACGCACCUACAGGGACGGCUCAGACACUGUCUAAAGAUCGUGGUCAUUAUGAACGCAGAGUCCUCCCCUCUGACAGGAAGACAAGUGGAAGACCCUCAGCGCGGCUGGACUGAACAGACAGCCGCUGCUCGCAGCACAAAGGACUCAAGGCAGCGCACAGAGAAAGACUCACACAAAGGCGUCUUCGCUGUAGACCCAGAGGCCAAAAUGGAGACUACCACCACUUCCAAAGCUAACUAUGUGGCUCCAGAGGGUCCUGGAGGGAGGCUGCGGGGUAAAGGCACCAGAAGAGAGCUUUUGGAAAAACAAAUCGUCCAGAUGAUAAGAGAGGAGAUGCAAGCUGAGAUGAACACACCAACACCAGAAACAGAAUUCUGCUCCACAACCCACAGGGACUUCUGCAUCCCUGGAUAUGAGCCCUCCAGACCAAAAGCAGCGCAAAUACAUGAUUACAAAACUGAGCAAGCCAUUACAUUUUGGAGCGAAAACUACCAACAGGUUCAGGGCGUGACCCCGGUGCAGAAUCAAAAAGCCCCAUUCAGGAGGUCAGCCCUGUUCAGCACCCCCCUCAGUGAACGACUGGAUGAAAUCGAACCCCCGCCUGAAGACUGAGCACUGUUCUUUUCAGACCACUUUUCCUGAAAACCUGUGACCCACCUGAUCUGUGGGAUGCAGGAAUUGUAAAGGGCAGGAGAGGUUUGACACCGAAAAGUUUGUUGAACAGCAGAAAUACAUUUGAAGCUGUAAACUUAGAGCAAUGAACUUCUUCACAACUUCAUUUUUCAGGUUUCUGAUAAUAAUGUGAAUCUGGAGUAUGUCACCUGUGUCAUGUCAUUGCCGUGUGCGGCUGUUGGCAGCACAGAAUCAGCUUUGCUACCAUUUUUAUGCUGUAUUGGAUCUUUUUUUUUUUUUUUAGAAAUAAUUAAUUGCUCAUAAAUUCUGUUAUGAAAGCUUUUCCUUGAGUCUGAUUUCAGCUCUUUCAAAUAAAAUCCAAAUCAUUUACAGUCA